GCGCCAGCCGCUCAGAGCGCCUGCCAGCCAUGACCAGAGCGCCUGCCUUAGCCCUGCUGCUGCUGGGGCAGCUCCUGACGGCCACCUCCGCGCAGAAAGUGGGACCUCGAGGACCCCCUGGUCCCCAAGGGCCUCCUGGAAAACCCGGCAAGGAUGGCAUUGAUGGAGAAGCUGGCCCUCCAGGUCUGCCUGGCCUUCCAGGACCCAAAGGGACCUCAGGGAAGCCGGGGAAGCCGGGAGAGGCAGGACUGCCAGGACUGCCUGGUGUAGAUGGUCUGACAGGGAGGGAUGGGCCCGCAGGACCCAAAGGUGCCCCUGGAGAACGGGGAAGUCUAGGACCCCCAGGGCCACCAGGACUUGGGGGCAAGGGCCUCCCUGGACCUCCUGGAGAGGCAGGAGUGAGUGGCCUCCCAGGUGGGAUUGGUCUACGUGGCCCCCCGGGACCCUCUGGACUUCCAGGACUGCCUGGCCCCCCUGGACCUCCUGGACCUCCUGGAAACCCUGGAGUCCUCCCUGAAGGUGCUACUGAUCUGCAGUGUCCCACCAUCUGCCCUCCAGGCCCUCCGGGACCCCCAGGAAUGCCGGGGUUCAAGGGGCCUACUGGCUACAAAGGGGAACAAGGAGAAGUUGGCAAAGAUGGUGAGAAGGGUAAUCCUGGCCCCCCUGGGCCUCCUGGAAUCCCAGGCACCGUGGGGCUACAGGGCCCACGAGGAUUACGAGGACUUCCAGGGCCACUCGGGCCUCCUGGGGACCGGGGUCCCAUUGGGUUUCGGGGCCCCCCAGGGAUCCCAGGAGCACCUGGGAAAGUGGGUGACAGGGGUGAAAGGGGACCAGAAGGAUUCCGUGGCCCUAAGGGUGACGUGGGUAGGCCCGGUCCCAAAGGAAUCCCUGGAGUGGCUGGGCCAGGCGGAGAACCAGGCAUGCCAGGCAAGGAUGGCAAGGAUGGUGUGCCGGGACUUGAUGGUGAGAAGGGAGAGGCUGGUCGCAAUGGUGCCCCAGGAGAGAAAGGUCCCAAUGGGCUGCCGGGGCUCCCUGGACGAGCAGGGUCCAAAGGCGAGAAGGGAGAACCGGGUAGAACCGGAGAGCUGGGCGAGGCUGGUCCCUCUGGAGAGCCAGGUAUCCCUGGAGAUGUUGGUGUUCCGGGGGAACGUGGUGAGGCUGGUCACAGGGGUUCAGUGGGAGCCCUUGGCCCACAAGGUCCUCCUGGGGCUCCUGGCAUCCGAGGCUUUCAGGGACAAAAAGGCAGCAUAGGAGACCCUGGCCUUCCAGGCCCCCAAGGCCUACGGGGAGAUGUGGGUGAUCGGGAGCCAUUGGUGACAUUAGUGUGUCAUCCCCAGGGCAUUGCAGGUUCCGAUGGUCUUCCAGGGGACAAAGGCGAGCUGGGUCCUAAUGGCCCCGUUGGACAAAAAGGAGAGUCUGGCAGCCGAGGGGAACUGGGCCCCAAAGGCAUCCAGGGCCCCAAUGGCACCAGUGGAGUCCAGGGUGUACCUGGUCCCCCAGGUCCACUGGGCCUCCAAGGUGUGCAGGGUGUCCCAGGCAUCACUGGGAAGCCUGGAGUUCCGGGCAAGGAAGCCAGUGAACAGCGGAUCAGGGAGCUAUGCGGCGGGAUGAUCAGUGAGCAAAUUGCACAGUUGGCUGCACACCUGAGGAAGCCCUUAGCACCAGGCUCCAUCGGCAGGCCUGGUCCAGCUGGCCCCCCAGGCCCUCCAGGUCCUCCAGGCUCCAUUGGCCACCCUGGUGCUCGGGGUCCCCCUGGCUACCGUGGUCCCACUGGGGAACUAGGAGAUCCUGGACCAAGAGGGGGCCAGGGUGACAGAGGGGACAAGGGAGCAACGGGUGCAGGGCUGGACGGGCCUGCUGGGGACCAGGGCUACCAAGGGCCUCAAGGUGUACCUGGCAUCAGCAAAGAUGGUCGAGAUGGUGCUCAUGGUGAGCCUGGCCUUCCCGGUGAUCCUGGCCUUCCUGGAGCUGCUGGUGCUCAGGGUACUCCUGGGAUCUGCGACACUUCAGCCUGCCAAGGAGCUGUGUUAGGGGGAGGUGGGGAAAAGUCGGGUCCUCGGAGCGCAUAAACAAGGACUUUAGUAGGAAAUGGCUCCGUAUUUCCUACUGAAAUAAGAAAGCAGGCAGCAGGGAUGAGCAGUGUGGCUAUGGACAGGAAUGGACGGUGGCUGGCUACAGUCAGCUGGUCCUUCCUGGCCGGCUGCGUGGCCCCAAGAGCAUCUAUUGGCGGCACUGUCACCGUCCCAUCUCCAGGAUUUACGGCAGCCCAUUCAUCUGUGACAGCAAUACCUCAGACGCAGGCCUUAGGGAUGGAGACUUUAAACCCAGCAUCUGGGAGGGAUGACGUUAUCUAAGAGUUUUGUACAAUUCCAUGAGAUAAAAACACUCAAGAGACUUGUUUACAUGACAUUUAUAUAAAGCCUAUGAUAGACACCAAUAAAGCGGUCUUCUAACCCUUCAGAUUAGUACUGGUUACAGUGUGAUGAAGGCAAGGAACUUAAUGUCUACUUCGCCCGCUUUCUAUUGCAAACUUAGUAUCUCUGACGCCCAGUAUUUAUUCAAGGAACUACACUGCACCAUCUGUCACAAUAAAUAAAGCUACUCACUGGAAACCUUUGUUCCAAACAUACAGUUUAUUACACAUAAAGCACUGCCUCACAAUAUGGAAAUGUGGGCAUUAAAGCAAUGUACUGCGAAAAUGUUUAUGGGCAAAAGGAGCUUUAAAAGAAGUCUCUGGAAAAUUCUUAGCAAAGUUUUAAAAUGGCACUGCAUUUUCCAAUAGAGUACCAUGAGACUGGAAAUAGGGGGGUCAGAACAAAUGAAAUAAAGUUUCCAAACCUCUUCUAGU